UCAAAUAUGGCAACGAUGGCGACAGAUUUAACCACAACUCAUCUUCUUUGUGAUGGCUCCAGAAUUAAAAAACAAAAACUAGACGACGAUCAUGAAGUAAAUAACAUACAUCAAAAGUUAAAAAACUUAUCUGAUUUCAAAGUGGACAAGAUUUUGCAUAAUAAUACAAGUAGAAAAACAGUUUGUGUACAAGGCAGUUUCAAGGAGCUUGAUGGACCGGCAAUUGUGUUAUUAGAAAAAACAGCCUUCCAAGAGGAGCAUGUUACAAAUGAAAGUGGCCUGUUCUCUGAGAAGGGCGUCCUAGCUAAGACAUUUGAUAAUGAUAUUUACGGAAAUUACGACUUUUUCCCUGCUAUUGAAUUAAACUCCAUAAAGACCACUGUUAUUCAUCCAGCCACAGAAAAACAUAUAGAAAAGUAUUCUAGACAGAACUUAUAUUUAAUUGAAGAAACACCAGAUAUCUAUAACAAAAUUGUUCUUCCCCAUAUUACUGCAGAACAAUUUGAUGUCCAGUGGGUUUUCAAUAUAUUAGAACAUAAAGCAGAAACUGAUAGAAUUAUUUGUGAAGAUACUGAUCCUGAAAUAGGUUUUGUCCUAGUACCAGACUUAAAGUGGAAUGGUUCUGUGGAAACUUUAUAUUUACUUGCUUUAAUUAAAAAGCGAGGCAUAAAAUCAUUAAGAGACCUAAAACAGGAGCACCUACCUCUUUUAAGAAACAUUAAACAGAAAUGCACUGAAGCUAUUAAGUCAAAAUAUGGCUUAGAUACCACUCAGCUUCGUAUUUAUUUGCACUAUCAGCCGUCCUUCUACCAUUUGCACAUACACUUCACGUACUUAAGACAUGAAGCACCAGGAAUCACCACUGAAAGAGCUCAUUUACUGGCAAAUAUUAUAAGCAACAUAGAACUGUUACCAGAUUAUUACCAAAAAGUGACAAUACCAUUUGUUGUAAGAGAGUCUGACAAAUUAUAUGAAAAAUUGAAAGAUUCAGCAACUUCUCAAGAAAAUUAAUUAGCAUAAUGGAACAAAGUAAA